AGUAUAUUGUUAUAAAUAUCUAAUAAAAGCAUCUUCUGAAAUGGAAAUUCAACCGCAACCGACGUAUCGUCGCAAGUCAUGUAUAUUCGAAGACUUUAAAAAGUUUAAUAUUUCUGAACAACGUUUUGAUCAACAAUAUUGUAGUAUUUAUAAAGCAAGAUUAAAAGCAUUAAAGGAUCACCUUUUGCAAAAAGCGAAGAUUAAAUGGGGACACAAUAAAAUAGUUACUCUUGAACAACUUAGUGAAAGAAACGAAAAUGAUACUUGUAUUAUAAUAGGCACUUUAUACAAACAUCAAGAGUUGAAACCAUCGUUAUUACGCGAACUUAGUACCGAACUUCAAUUACAACCCCAACCAGCUAGAGCAAAUUAUGCAUCAUUUAAAGAUAUAUUGUACUUGGAAGAUGAAACAUUACGUAUUAAAUUGGUUGAUAAUCACAUAAAUAUUCAAGAUGUAGUUACUGGUAUUGUUUGUGCUGUAUUGGGACAUGAACUAAAGGAUGGUGAACUUUCAGUAAUAGAUUGGUGUUUGCCAGGAUGUUGCCCAAAAUUAUCAAUAUUUGAUCGGCCACUAGAAACGCAAGAAAAGAUUUUAAUAAUUUCAGGUCUAGAUCUAGCAAAUAAUUUACAAUCGUUAGGUACAGAUUUAUUAUUUGAAUGGAUUACUGGAAUGAUUGGUUGUGAAGAAGUUCAUAAAGAUGUGGCAUCUAUUGUGUGUAUUAUUAUAGCAGGAAAUAGUAUAAGAGGAUCUGUGGAGACCCACAAUUAUAAAAAUUAUUUUGAGACAAAAGCACAUGAUGCAGCGAUAUUUAAAGAGACUGCAAACAUAACACAUAAAUUGGAUAACUUUCUUCAUCCUAUCAUACAAUGUUGUCCCAUAAUAUUAAUGCCUGGAGAAUUUGAUCCAACGUGUCAUACAUUACCUCAACAACCACUUCAUCCAUGCAUUUUGCCACAAUGUUUCAGGUUUAAAAGUUUUUAUGGAGUUACUAAUCCAUGGAUUGGUAGUAUAAACUCUCGUAUUGUAGCUGGAUCCAGUGGUCAACCAAUUAUAGAUAUCAUGAAAGUUGCUGGACUUGUUGAUAUUUCACCUUUAAUGUGGUUAGAACGUACGUUACUUUGGCGACAUUAUGCACCAACUGCACCAGAUACUAUACCAGCUUAUCCAUCCAGCGAAAUUGAUCCAUUUAUUAUAACAGAAUGUCCUGAUAUAUAUUUUGUUGGUAAUAUGGAUAAGUACGAUACCAAAUUAUUCACAGAUGAAGGACAAACAAUACGAUUGAUUUGUAUUCCAACAUUUUCUAAGACACAAACAGGUGUGCUAGUUAAUUUACAGGAUUUAGAAACCUGGCCUAUUUCCUUUGCUGUGAAUUAAUUUCCUAAAAUAUUUAAUUGUUUUAAAACAAUGACAUUAGACAAUGCAAUAUAGUAAUAUUAGAUAAUGCAAUAAUAAUGCAAUAAUAAUAUAUUCAUAUAAGAAAAUAAUCAGUUUUCUUAAAUAAUCUUUCCUUAAUUUGUACAUAGCAAAUAUAUUACUUAUUCUUCUAAUAAAACAAUUUUAUUUGUA